AUGAUUAAAAUUAAGUACAAUCGCUUUAACGACGCAAGAAAUAAUGACGAGAAUUUGUAUUUCAGUUUUUUAGUUCAUCCACUAUAUUACACUGUUUUAGAUUUAGAUGAAGAUGAUCUGGUAAAUAAGGAAAUACGUUCAAACUUUAUACAUUUUGUCAAAAGAAUAAAUAAUUAUGAUAAAAAGGAACGAAUAGAUAUAUACAGAAAAGAUGAUCGUAAAGCUAGGGAAUUAUGUUUCAUCAAGAGUUGUGAGUUAUUAAAAAAUACAUAUAAAUUUAAAAUGCCUAUAAUAUUUCAGAAUUUGAAGUACUUCAACUUAUUUAAAAAGGAUACAAUUUAUUAUUACUCCAUAAAUUACAAUGAAAGGAGAAAAGAGUAUAUUGUAAGAAAUAAAAAUGAAGUAAAAAAAGAAAAAGAUAAAUGUUUUAUUUUAGAUAAUGAAAUGAUAUAUUCAAUGACCCCAGAAUAUAUAUCAAAGAAUAUAGGUAAUAACGUGUUGUUAAUUAACGAAAUAAAUUUUCAAAAAAAAAAAAAAAUGAAAAAAAAUUGUGAAAAUGAUAUUGGUUUAAAAAAUUAUUUUGAAAAUAAUGAGAUUUAUAACAAUAAACAGCCUACAAUUGAAAAAUACUUUAAAGAUGAGAGAGAAAAUAAAUAUAAUAAAGCAAAAGAUAAAUCCAUAUUAAUAUAUUUGGAUCCUUUUUCUGGGGCUGGGGGAAAUUGCCAUAGCAUGAGAGGGGUUUUUACCAUUGCAGCUGAUGUGAAAUUAAUUAGAAUUAAAGAAUGUCAACAUAAUUGUAAAUUUUAUAACAACAAUGUAGAUUACAUUUUAUGUGAUUUUUUUAAUAUAGUAAAUCAUUUUAGGAAAGAUACAAUAGAUGUUGUUUUUUUGAGUAUUCCAUGGGGGGGACCAUCAUAUAAAAUGAAAAAAAAUUUUGAUUUAAAAUAUAUAGAAAGUAAGAUAUCUACAUAUUCAUGCUUAAAAGAAUCUUUAAAAUUAACAAAAAAUUUAAUUUUUUAUUUACCAAGAAAUGUGUGUUUGCAAGAUCUGUUGCAUCUUUAUGUCUAUUAUGAAAAGUUAACCAAAUUAAAAGGGACAAAAAAAAAAAGGAGGGGAAAAUUAGCAGUAGGAGGAGAAGAAGUGGUCCAAUCGUUGGAAGAAAGAGAGGAGGAAUUAGUGGAAAGAGGUGUGGCAGUGUUGGUGGAACAAAUGUCAGAACUAGGAGCAAAAUUGGACGAAAGUGCAGGAGUAAAAAAACAAAGGAAAGAAUUCUUGAGAGAUAAUAUUUUCUUAGAGUUGUACGUUAAUAGAAAUAGGAGCAGAUUUAAGGAGAGUUGUGAUAAUAGUUUAAGGAAUUUUUAUUAUUUUUUCAACAAACUGUAUGAAAAAAAUAGCAAUGAAUCACAUGUUUCAAAUAUAAAAAAUUUGUUUAAAAUUACUGUAGAUCAGUGUAACCACUAUUUACGGCCCUCAAAAGAAAAUAGGAUGAUAAAUACACAAUUGAGAAAGGGUCGUAAGAGACAAGAUUAUGUUAGCAAUAUUCAUAAAUAUAAGGUUAACUUCUUAAAAAGUAGAGAUGUAAGCAAUGAUCAUCAUAACAGUAGUAUUAAAAAGAAAAGUUUUAUAUGGAGGUGGCACAAUACUGGCAUGGUACUUUAUUUAGGAAAAAUAGCUUCAUUGUUAAAAAGAAAAAAAGGUAUAUGUUAUGAUCAAAUUUAUUACAUUCAUAAUAAACUAGCAAAAUGUGGAAAUGAUAAAAUAAGACAAAGGGGUAUUAAUUUUUCCUUACAUAGAUUAUUGCAUAACAAAAGGAAAAGUUUACUUUAUAAUAUUUCAAAAAGGAUCAAAGAAGGGGAGGGAGUAUUUUAUGGAGAAAAAUUAAUUAUAAAUAAAAAUGAGAAGAUGCAUAACUUUAUAAUUAACAACGAUAAUGUUAUGUCUUUAUAUUAUUUUGUCAAUAAGAAAUCAUAUGAAAUAAUUAAUUACAUAGUAAAUCUGUUUUUUAAAAAUAUAAAGAACAUAAUUGGAUUUCAAAAAAUUAGCUUUUUAAAUAAUAUUUUUAUAUAUAUAGAAAAUAAACGUGAGAAGAUAAUGACCAAAAAAUUACGUAAUAAUAAAAUCACAAAAAAAUAUGAAACGUAUAUAUAUCAAGACAUAAUAAAUAUAUGUACGGGGCUAGAAAUUGUAGUUAGUUAUUUUAAUAUGAUAAUAAUGAAAAUUAAAAAAGAAAUAAUAGUAUUAUUUGGUAUAUAUUUGUAUGAUAUAUCUUUUUUGAAAUAUUUUUUUAAAUAUUACAAAGUACCUAUAAACUUAAAAAAAGUACCUAGUAGAAAUUUAAAAAACAUUCAUUAUAUAAUAAUUAGAAUUCUCUUUAAAUUUUUUCUUUAUAUGAAUAUUUUUUUAAACAUAUUAACUAAUAAUAUUAAAUUACAAGAAUUUUUUAAUAGUAAUUUUGUAAAUAUCGGUUCCUUAGAUUUUUUAGAAUUCUCAGAUAUAAAAAACAAAGAGUACAGUUACAUUAAUUAUAGUAAUAAAAAGGAGCUAUUAAUUUAUUUUAAUAAGUUUAUUAAAAGGAUAGUACAACUAUCUAUUAAUAUUGAAUUGAAUGGAAAAAAAUUUGUUAUAGAAAAAAUUACAAAAUUUUUUUUUAGUUUUUUAUUUAAAGUUCACCAUUUUGAAUUCCUUUUAGAUGGUUUACGUGAUACUUGUUCAUAUGAAGAUGAAAAGAAAAAAAAAUUUUAUAAAUUAAAUUUAUGCUUAAUUACAAUUAAUCUUUUUACAAAACAGUUUUUAUAUAAUACCAAUGUUACAUCAUUUCUGGAUUAUUUUAAUUCGUUAAUUUACUUUUAUUUUAAUCGAAUUUAUGUUUUAUCAAGGCGGCAUGCGACAUACUCAAAUGUUUUUGUUUUUCAUUUAAACAGAUUCUUAGUAGACCACUUUUGUUUACACAUUUUAUAG